AUGGGAGACAUGGAAUUCGCUAAAGUCCACAACUUCGCAAUUUUUCUCGAAGACCCUCCUGCAGCUCACAAUGACUUGAAAUUUAUUGUGGAUGGUUUGAAGAAAUCUUGCUUGGUUCAUGACCUAACUACAAGUCCUACUAUCUACCAGAGUUUGAUUAAGGAUUUCUGGAGGAGUGUUGUUGUAAAGAAGAAUGAUCAGGGUGAAAAGUUUGUUGAAGUAACAAUCGAAGACAAGAAAAUUCAACGAGGAAAUGAUACUUUGGAUUUCAAAUCCAUUGGUCCAAGUGCUUUUGGACUAAUGAAACAAAAGAGAUGCAGGAAGUUUGUAUUUGAAGGAAAAUUUCCAUUAAUAAAAUUUGGAAUUUUUAAAGAGAAUGAUAGAGAAGAAUCAAAAGAACAAUCCAUUCCGAUGCAAAAUGAAGAUGGUUUUCAUUCUCCCUCCGAGCCAGAAGUGCAGGAAAUUCAUGACUCUCCCACAGCUUGUAUGGCUGGUGAACAUGAUCUUCAGAAAGCAAAUGAAUCAAAAUCUACUCGAGAGGAGGAUGAUGAUGAUCUUUAUGAUGAUGUAGAGUUUUUAAAAGAAAUUGACUUUACGGGGAUCAAUGACGACAUUCCAACAAACAUAGAGUUUGAUCUUGGUGAUGAAAAUUUUGAUCCUUUUCUUGAAAUUCCCAACAUCAGUGUUAAUAAAGUCAAUGCAGUUGCUUCUUUAGCAACCAAGACUAGAAAUGAAGGAAAUGUUCUCAACAUUCUACUAUCUACUUCAAAUCCCUUGGAGGUCGCACCAAGCCAAGGAGAUGUGAUAGUUGGAUAA